AUGUCCAAGGAUUUCGUUAGAAUAUUUCCUGCAAAUAUCUGGCAACAGGGUCAGGCUGAAGAAGUGUCCAGAACUGCAAACAUAUGGAAAGAAGCUCGUAAGUGGUCGGAGAUCAGUAUGGAAGUAAAUUUAAGUCCAUCUCAUACCUGUAAACCGCCUGAACCACCUAUUCGAUCUUCCAGCACAUUACAUCGACAUUCCACAAAUGUAGCCCCAACGAAGCCACUACCUGAUCUACCGAAGAAAGCUGGAAGAAGUAGAAUUAGGUUGUUCAGGUUACCUAAACUGUCAAGUGAUCCAAAAAUUUCAUCUCCAUUGUGCGUUAGUCAUGAGUUACAUGUGGUCUAUGAUGAAAAUACGGGGGAAUUUCGUGGAAUGCCAGAAGAGUGGUUGGAAUGGCUACAUGCUGCCAAUAUAUCAUUUCAAGAACGUGAACAGAAUCCAGAGCUGGUGAUUGAAGUUUUACAGUGCUAUGAUACAGCUAAACAUCGUGCAAGGCGACAGAAAUUUAUAAUGACAGAAGAUUCCAGUUGGGAAAACUUCAGUAACAUAGCUUCAUGUGUGUGUCAUGAGUUUAUGGAUCAUGAAGUAUCAGCUGCUAACAAUACAUGCAGGAAAUUUCAACAAAAUUCAGUUGGUUCACAGUCUUCAGCAGCUUCACAUUCUGUUUCUGGUGGUUCUCCAUGUUCAAAUAUUUCUAGGUUUUCUCAUUCUUGCCGAUUUUCUUAUAAUUCACCAACAAACGUACCACCACCUGUUCCACCCCACUAUACAGUCAGUCGUGAUGUGAACUCAAAAAAUGCUAAUGAUGAUGACGAAAUGCUGUCAAAUGAAAGAAUCAAGUCGGACUCACAGUUAGAACAGAAAUUUUUGUCUGGAAACGAUAUUUGUUUUGUAGACGCUAAUCUAGAUUCUGAGCAUGAAUCAAACCAAUUUCACAUUUCAAACGUUCAUCAUCAUUUUAAGGCAUCUAAUGAAUACACUGACUGUGAAUCGAUUCGUAGUUAUUCUAAUAUAUUUUACAGUUCACUGCCUUUAGAUGAAAUGGAUGUUUCUCAAGAAUUAACUACAAAGGAUCUACCCUUUCUAAAUGUUAACCUUGCUAACAAAGAAGUUGAAGGACAAGACACACGUCGAAGUGAACUGCCUAAAGAUGAAACAGAGUGUGAUAUACAUCAGUGCAAUCUUGAUAAAGAAAACAAUUUCAUUAUUGAAGCAGAACCUUAUGGAGUUGAAGAAAUAGAAGUAUAUGAAUCAGAAAAGUUAUCUGAUAUUAUUGCUAAGGACAAAUGUAAUCAACCUGCUGUAGAAAGUGACGUCAGUUAUCAAGGUCGUCUGUCGCUGAUAAGUUCUACUAAUUGGCAAAUAUUUUCUUGUAUCAGUGAAGCAGCCUUUACAUCAAAUACAGCAGAAUCUUCAACGCCUGAUUUACAGAUAUGCUUAGCCCAACCAGAAACGGACGAAGAUGUCUGUCUAACUGCAUCUAUAAAAGCCCAGCCCAACAACUCAAGUGUAUCAGAACCAACAGAAACAUCUUUAGUUAUUGAAGACUGUGCAAACAUUUCAGAAUCUACUUCUUCAACUGAAUUGAAAAGUGUAUCUAGCAAUUUGAUAAAAGAUGAAGAAGGAUCCACAUCUGCAUUGAUCAAAUCUGAUUUGACCAGUCAACAGAGAGGUCGUACUGCAACUAGAUGCAAUGGUACACAAAACAGGAUAAAAAGAUCUGCAGCUCAUUCUGGUAGGCAAUCAGUAGAGAGUGUAAAAAAUUCUUCUAAACUUUUGGCCAUCAGUGAAAAUCCUAAUACUUCAACAAGCCCUUUCGGGGAAUGCUUUACAGAUAGUGGAAGCGGCUCACAAAGUCAUAACGCUCAGGUGUGUUUGGUUUCUCGACAUUCUCCACGUUGUCGUAACAAAAUGCGUAUGCGCGAUGAACAAAUUAUUGCCCGGUUAAGGACGAUUGUUAGUCAAGGAAAACCAUCAGAAAAGUACGAAACUCUUGGGCGUAUCGGUCAUGGAGCAUCUGGUGUUGUUUAUAUUGGUCGUGAGCUUGAAUCAGGUUGUCGUGUGGCCAUUAAACAAAUGAGUUUGCGACAACAACCAAAAAAAGAGUUAAUCCUAAAUGAAAUUUUAGUUAUGCGAACUUAUCGAAAUCCAAAUGUUGUAAAUUAUUUGGAUAGUUACUUGUUAGGAGAUGAGCUGUGGGUUGUAAUGGAAUAUUUAGAUGGCGGUUCACUGACAGACGUCAUUACAGAAACGUGUAUGAAUGAAUCACAAAUUGCUACAGUUUGUCGUGAGACCUUACAAGCAUUAGAAUUUCUACACAGCAAGCAUGUUAUACAUCGUGAUAUAAAGUCAGAUAAUAUCCUUCUUGGUUUAGAUGGUUCAGUAAAACUAACAGAUUUUGGCUUUUGUGCACAAUUAUCCGCUAAAAAUAAUGAUUUAAAAAGAACUACAAUGGUCGGUACACCUUACUGGAUGGCUCCUGAAGUUGUCAGUAGAAAACAGUAUGGUCAGAAGAUUGAUAUCUGGUCAUUAGGUAUAAUGACCUUGGAAAUGUUAGAAGGUGAACCUCCAUACUUAAGUGAAAAUCCUUUAAAAGCAUUAUAUUUAAUAGCAACAAAUGGUAAACCCAACUUUCGUAAAGAUAAUCUUAGUCCGGAAUUAUUAAAUUUUCUCGACAGAUGUUUGGAAGUGGAUGCUCAACUACGUGCUAGUGCCUCUGAACUAAUUGAACAUCCAUUUAUACAGCUGAAUAGUCGCCCAGUGAUUACUUUGAUUCCAUUAAUCCUACUAGCAAGAGAACAGGCUCGUUCGGUUACAUUGUCUUGA